GUGUUUGUAUUAAAACACUUCACGUACUCUAAGUACGUUAGAUAACAUGAUGAGAAUUGCUUUUCUGUAGGAAAGUAGGUUUUUUGCCUUAAGAAGAGCUCUGUUGUUGUGUCUUAUCUGCUCGUAAAAGUGGGAGGUACUGACCGUGGAGUCACCGUCACACAGAAAAGGCUACAGAAGGAACUGUUGGCUUUACAGAAUGAUCCACCCCCAGGGAUGACGCUAAAUGAAAAGAGUGUUCAAAAUUCAAUAACACAGUGGAUCAUAGACAUGGAAGGAGCACCAGGCACACUUUACGAAGGAGAAAAAUUUCAGCUUCUUUUCAAAUUUAGUGGUCGAUACCCUUUUGAUUCACCUCAGGUUAUGUUCACCGGUGAUAAUAUUCCCAUUCAUCCUCACGUGUAUAGCAAUGGUCACAUAUGCUUAUCAAUUUUAACAGAAGAUUGGUCACCAGCUCUCUCAGUACAGUCAGUUUGUCUUAGCAUUAUCAGCAUGCUUUCCAGUUGUAAAGAAAAGAGGCGACCUCCAGACAAUUCAUUUUACAUAAGAACAUGCAAUAAGAACCCAAAGAAGACAAAGUGGUGGUAUCAUGAUGAUACAUGUUGAUGACUCCAUUUUAUGGUCCAUUUAGAAGAUAGUUCUACUGAGGAAAUGAGCACUUUGAUUAUUCAGACCUUGAUCCUUCUCCUUCGACUGGAAGUGACCUAUAAGAGCUGAAGACUUCCUUUUACUGCAUUUUUACUGAUGUGCAUUUUGGGCGCUUGUUGAUAGAUGGAGAAUUCCAUCCAACUGGCAUGCAUUUAUCAGACAUGUAGUAUAAAUGCAGUUGUCUUACCCAUCAAAAGAAUUCCAUUUUAAUUUAUUUUUCUAUUUGAAAUUCUCCAAAAUGUUCUAGGUCCUCAUGUAUUGUGCAAUAAUGGUUUUUAAUGCAUGCUGGGACCUAUCAAGAUUGGAUUAGCAAACACAAACUCAUGGGUAGUGCUGGUAGAUGCAGUCAGCAUUACUGAACUCAGAAUGGCUACGUUUUUUUUUUCAUAUUUCUGUUCAGCUUUAUUCCUACAUGAUGAACUUCGGAAUGAAGAGCAAAGACCUUGGUCACAAUUUCUGAUUACUAAGGCCUUAUUACAUAUAAUCUGUACUUGUAACUUGUCAGAAUAUUUGCAGUUCAGUUUUUCUAAUGGGAAUGAAACUCUAAGACAGAGAUAACAGCUGGUACUAGAUAUUUUUAUAUACUCCAUAGGCAUGUUCCUUUGCCUUCAGCAAAUGAAUUUCACUUGCGUUCUAAAUAAGAACUAUGUUGUGUGAACCAACACUUUAAAGGAAAUCUGUGUCCCAUUAUCUUUGUAAAUUUUGUUUCCAUUUUCAGGACUGCUGUUCUGCAUAGUUGAAUGUUUGUCUAUUUACAUUAGUUCAUUCACUUACUUCAUAGUUUAUCCUAGGUAUAUUUCUGUUUGCAGUUUAUGAAACUUAAUUUAUGUUAAGUAGCAGAUAGUUUGUCAUCACUUCUGUGUUCUCGUAGUAUGCCUGUUUGUGUAGUUACAGUAAGAGUGAAGUAUCACUGUUAACCAUCUGUGUUUUAUCAAGUCGGUUAACUUUUUUCCUUCAGCAGCAUAUUGUCAUUUAUCUGCAGAGCAGUUUUUGUAUUUUGUUAUAUGUACUGUGUGCAUGGGUCAUGUGACGGUACAUUCUUAAAUGUUAGUACAGCUGCUAAAGCGAAUAGAAAAACAAGUAGGAUUCACAGGAAGCUCCUAUAAGUAGAAAAUAAAAAUAAGAAUGGAGCUCAGUUUGCUACAAAAAUGGUUUGAAUGGGCAUAUUUCAGUUUACAAGUUGUACUGAAAUGGAAACAAAAUAAUUUUACAUUAUACAAUUUGAAAGAGUUGCACUGAAGUUCUCCAUUGUGUGGACUUGCACGUUUUCAGGUAUGUUGCUAAGAUAUGAAAAUUGUCAUUUAGUAUUUUUUUCAAAUGUGAUCCAGAUUAUCGCACUUUUUUCUUACUACUGUUUAGCAUCUGUCCCCUACCUUGCAGAAAAUAUUUUUGGUCUUUUAAAAGCAAAAUGUUUGUUUGCUGUCUUCUGUUUAAUGUAUUUUUUAUUUGUUUAAAGUUUUUAACUUGUGCUUGAAUAACACAUUAUUUGUUUGAAAAGCUUUAUUGUUGAAAAAUAUAUUCUUGUAAAUUAUAUCUUUAUCUGUAAAUCUUGACUUUUGAUUCUGUACUAUAUGAUAAAAGAUGACUAAUUUUUGACACAAGGCCAGCUUGUACAACUUAUAUUUUGACAAUACGAAUUGUAUUUUUGACUGAUGGGGGUUUCACCUGUCUCAUCACGUAUGUAUUUGUUUUUAGGCUUUGAAAAUGGUUCCUUUCAGGCAUUUAGACCUUUUGGGCUGAAGCUGUUACCAUUAAACUUAACUCUCCCCAUAAAGAGGGAAUUUUUUUAAAAUGUAAAAUAUUGCACAAAAAAUGAUUUUUUUCCCUAUAAGCAUAUUUAUUUGGAACAUGGAAAUGUACAUUUUAUAAACUCUGUUGGUUAAAAUAUU